AUGUUUCGCUCGUUUGGCCGCCUAUUUUCAAACGGUGACUAUGAUCCACUAAAGGAUCCUAACUCAGCAAUGUCACUUGAGGAUGUUCAUGUCACUCUGUACCCACAAUGUUUCCUGCACAAUGAGACAAUUGAACUGGAAGGUAGUUCAGUCAUUACCGUAAAUGUUCGAGGAUGGGUACACGACAAUCCCACGAACAAACCAUUGCGUCGGAAAGAUCGACUUGUCGUUGGUCUGCUUCGACGUCUGGUUGGUUUGCCUGCAAACGCAGAUGCUGUCUCUGAUUUGCCUCCUACACCGUCAGAAAUGAGCGAAAUUGAUAACUCAUUGCCUUCCACCGAAGGCACAAAAUCUUCGGCCUUCUCUGGGCUUUUCUCGCGUUUCGUUCCUGCACAAACUGUGUCACCAUUGAUUAAGGAGUUAGGGUUUGAAACAUGCAAAAAUCAUUUUGAAAAGCGAAUCUCGCUAAUCGUGAGUCGUGGUAUUUCCGGUGAACGUGUCCGAGUCACCGUUUAUGCGUAUGAUCAGGAAUAUCGGACGGUACAGGUCGCUCAGUUUAGCACAAUUACGAACGAGCAAGGCUACUUUGAGGUCAACAACCCCAUUCCGUACUGCAAAUCAAAAGGAAACAAGUUCAUGGUGAAAGCAAUUGUGGUGCGCACUGAGAAACUUGGGAGCCCGCGCUUUGACGUGCUUAAAGAUGUAUGUGUACUUGACAGCACUGGCGUGUCCGUCCUUUCCGACAUUGAUGACACUAUCAAGGACACCCGUGUGUAUGCAGGUUCGCGUGCUGUUGCACAGAGCACCCUGCUACAAGCGGUGGACCGCCAAAAUGUGCCUGGAGUGUCGGAUUGGUUCCGAAACUUGUACAAUCACGGCACGUCUCUACAUCUUGUGAGCAACUCGCCAUGGCAGCUGUGGCCGAUGUUACGUGUGUUUUUUGACUGUGCUGACCUCCCGUUUAUUUCAUCGGUGCAUCUAAAACAUUACAAUGGUGUCCUUCAAAGUCUUAUGGAGCAUGCUGCUGAACGCAAGCGGCAUUCAUUAAUAAACGCGGCUCGAAUGUUGGGUGAUCGGCGUUUGUUUCUCAUUGGAGAUAACAGUGAGCAGGACCCAGCUUUGUAUGCAGAAUUUAGUGCCUCGUUCCCUGACCGCGUUCUUGGCAUUUUUAUCCGUGACGUACUCACUGAUCAUUGCACUGCGAUCGGCCAAAAACUUGCAGAAGAGGUAGAUGUGGAAGACACGGUGAAAUCACUCAAAUCGUUAGAAGCACAAAAGGCCUCACAGGCCCCCGCUCACGCUGGCGUAGAAAACGAUGAGGAAGAAGAAGUGGGAAAUAUCAACCUUAACUAUCAGCCUCCGGGUGAGGUACUACAUAUUGAAAAGAUUGAAGGGGCUGACGUUCCUUCGUACACGCUCCACAGUUACUACAUCCAAACGGUGCCCACUGAUGAUUAUGUCACCAACACAACAAUAUACGUGGAACGUGUUCAGCACUCGGCCACCGUCCUUCGCAACAUCCACCUCUUGUCUACCUACCCGCCAGCUGGUCGUGUAACGAAUCGACAACUGCAGCUGUGGUACCGGCAAUUGGCCAAGUAUCGUUCCAUCGUUCCCGAGCAUAUACCGUUUGUCAUUUGGCAUCACGGUGAUGAAGCAUGUCCCAUUUCUAUUGAACUUCUCCGCCAAGCGUUUGACAAUCCAUUCGGUUUGGCAUAG